AAAGUCAUUCCCCACCUCGGCGGCUGCCUUGGCCAUCGGACCGUUCCUGCGCCGCAGCCGAACAGGAACUUAUCUUAUCGAUUGUGGGGUCUGUUGACCGGCAACCACGCCUCAAAAACACUCGGUCGACAGACCGCGACGGACGAGAUCAGACUAAUCCAGUUACUCGAUUGCUAGUCGUCCGUAAGAUGGUCGCACUACGUCCCUUCACGCCGCCAGCGGCAGCGUAUGCUCUAGGAUCAACACCGCGCGCCGUGCGAUUUCGACACCCGGCCUACCCCAGCUCGGCUCCUGACCUUCUCGUGCUCAUGGCCGCAGACGGCGGCGGGCUCGACUUCGAUAUUGCGUUGACAGCUUGCUGCAUCGUUGCCGGCGUGGGCUGGGACGAUGGGUACCUGGCACAGAAAGACUUGACGGAGGACGCCAUUUUUCAACAAGUCAACCGCCCGAACGACGGCUUGCUCCACGGGAGCGAGUACUUUUUCUGCGUUAAGGGACACGACCCAUCGUCAUUCAAAUAUCCCGUCAUCCCAUCGUUCCAUCACUGGCGCUUCCCGCACGGCAAUCUUCCGCCGCCGUGGAGGAACCUCCAGUUGCCCGAGUUCAUUCUGCCACGUCCGACUCUGAAGGGGCCUGCGGCGGCAAUGGAUCGCGACAUUACGUGCCGGAUAUCUGGCUAUAUGGAUGCCGUUGAGAAGGCACACCUCGUUCCGGAGGGAGAAAGGCUUUGGUUUGUAUCGAACAAAUUGGAUAGAUACUGCCGGCGACCGCUAGAAGUAGCAGCUAUCAACGACGACAAAAACAUGCUCAUCCUCCGUAAAGACCUGCAUCAUCUCUUCGAUGCUCGGCGCUUCACCUUCGUGCCUAAACAAUUUGGCGCAUAUACAUCCGAGUCUUUCCAACUUGUCACUCACGUGCUGCUGCCGUCGGGCUCGCCUGAACUGGUGGGCCUAUAUCAUAACCGCUUACCCCAGCCGAUUCGCGGCAUCAGCGUCGAGUGCCUCUUCGCACGCUUCGCCUGGUGCAUAUUCACGGAUGAACAUAUGCCGUUCUUCCUGUCGGAACUCGAAUACGUCGUUCGCCUGUGGGACAAGGCCAGAGGCGAGACCGAAACCAGAACCCUGAGAGGACUGGAUGUCAGGUCUAGUGCUCAGGUUUUUGAGUCCGCGCGAUCCCAGAAUCGAAGUGUCAGUCCAAAGAAGAGGUCGCUUUCGACCCAGGGCGACGGCCGGCUCGAUAGCGGCGAUGGCUACUGGUCAGACGACGAUGAUAGAACUAGCGAUGAUGACGAAUGCGGAUGGUUGGGCGAGCCACCGAGGGGCCGACGACGGAAGCGUAGCUGGGAGGGGUUGGAGCGAGAUGAUGGACAAGUGCCAGAGUCAUGGGCAGCCAGCUCGGUCAAUCGGAGCCCGCUGUUUCAAAAGAGGAGGGAGAAGGGAUAAAUUAUUCAAAGAUUCAGCAAAACCAAAGGAGACAAACCACUCGAGGUCGGCGCCAAGCGCCCGUUAAACCUUUCAGUCGUCUCCUGCCCUCUCUUCAGGAAACAUGGACCGCCCGGGCCUCUUCACCGACGUCCACUUCCAGAGCAAU